GCUGAGUCGAGUGUCGCCGCAGAAAACACGGAGCUAGUGAGCAGGCUGCAAUAACUGCGGGCGCGCCUGUGGGACGCACCGAUUUCCAGCCCGCCGACUUUGGCACCACAGCAAUAACGACGUUAUGGGCCGCCUGGAGGCCCACGUUGUCCCCGCCAGGAAGUCCCGCAAGGGAUAACGAGUUUCCAAGCUGGACGCCCUGCGACCAAGAGCAGCCACCAUGUCCGUCCGCAGUCUGCACCGCAGGGUGUCAGGAGACUCGGAGCGCGGCGGCGAGAUGGGGGAGGGUGGAGGGCGGCGGAUAUCGCAGCGCGUGCCCAGCCUGAAGCUGGCGAACGGCCGCGUCAGUGGCAGCAGCGGCGGGAUCGCGGCCAGAGGCAGUAGCGUCGGCGGGUGCACACAGUCGCAGGAGGAGAUCCGCUCUCCUCGGCUCGCCAAGGAUGACUCGAUCAAGAUCAGCAUCGAGAACACCAACACGUGCACCGACUCGCUGGUGACCGCCUUGGACGACGAAACCCUCCUCCUCACCGAUGUCUUUUUGGCCAGCGAUAUGAACUACCGAGACACCAUCGGCAGCGGAACUGGACCUCUAUCCGGCUCGCACCACCACGUCGGAAAGGUGCACUUUGGUGGCGACGACGUGAGCCUGUACGGGACACCCAAGGAGGAACCAGGACCGACACACAUAAUGCCGGGCAGUGUGGCGGGUGGUGCGAGUAAUGGGGGCGCGAGUGGGAAUGGGGCCUCGGGGGCCCACGGCCCGAGUGGUGGGUCGGGCGAGAAGCAGGGCUUCAUCAAGAACCACCUGCAGGCCCUGUUCCAGCCCACCGAUAAUAAACUGGCCAUGAAGUUGUUCGGCAGCAAAAAGGCGCUCAUGAAGGAGCGCAUCCGGCAGAAGGCGGCCGGCCACUGGGUCAUACAUCCCUGCUCCAAUUUUAGAUUUUACUGGGACCUGUGUAUGCUGCUGUUAUUGGUAGCGAACCUUAUCAUCCUGCCAGUUGCCAUCUCGUUCUUCAAUGAUGAUCUUAGCACGCGGUGGAUUGCCUUUAACUGUCUCUCAGACACCAUCUUUCUCAUAGACAUCGUCGUCAACUUCCGCACUGGUAUUAUGCAACAAGACAACGCAGAGCAAGUUAUUUUGGACCCUAAGUUAAUCGCGAGACAUUACCUUAGAACGUGGUUUUUCUUGGACCUCAUCAGUUCGAUACCUUUAGAUUAUAUAUUUCUCAUCUUCAAUCAGGUGAGCAAGGAUUUCAGUGAAAGUUUCCAAAUCCUUCACGCGGGCCGAGCGCUGCGCAUCCUGCGACUCGCCAAGCUGCUGAGUUUGGUGCGUCUGCUGCGACUGUCAAGACUCGUGAGAUAUGUUAGCCAAUGGGAAGAAGUAUACAUCUCACUUGAAGCAUCAUCCAAUAGGGCAUCUUCUCCGCGUGGCAGUGGAUGUCACUCGUAUUGCUCGCGUCGAACUCGAAAGAUCUUGCAGAACCUUCAAAAAAAGCGCACAGAAAGGAGAGGUCGCCUCAACUCUGAUGUUUCAAGCAAAAAGAAGCAAAAGUUCACCAAAAGCAAUCUCAUUUUUAAGUUCCUCAACAUGGCUAGUGUGUUCAUGCGGAUCUUCAACUUGAUUUGCAUGAUGCUACUCAUAGGUCAUUGGUCGGGUUGCCUUCAAUUCCUCGUCCCAAUGUUGCAAGGAUUCCCCUCGAACUCUUGGGUUGCUAUCAACGAAUUACAGGAGGCGUUUUGGCUGGAGCAGUACUCGUGGGCCCUGUUCAAGGCCAUGUCGCACAUGCUGUGCAUCGGCUACGGCCGCUUCCCCCCGCAGUCCCUGACGGACAUGUGGCUCACCAUGCUGUCCAUGAUCAGCGGGGCGACGUGCUACGCCCUCUUCCUUGGACACGCGACCAACCUCAUCCAGAGUCUCGACUCGUCGCGCCGCCAGUACCGCGAGAAGGUCAAGCAAGUGGAGGAGUACAUGGCAUACCGCAAGCUGCCCAGGGAAAUGCGCCAACGAAUUACAGAGUACUUUGAGCACCGCUACCAAGGGAAAUUCUUCGAUGAAGAGGCGAUCCUUGGAGAGCUCUCUGAAAAACUACGUGAGGAUGUGAUAAACUACAACUGCCGCUCAUUGGUGGCGUCAGUGCCUUUCUUUGCUAAUGCUGACCCCAAUUUUGUGUCUGAUGUUGUCACGAAACUUCGAUAUGAAGUUUUCCAACCAGGUGAUAUCAUCAUCAAAGAAGGAACCAUCGGCAACAAGAUGUUCUUCAUUCAAGAGGGCAUCGUCGACAUCGUGAUGGCCAACGGGGAGGUCGCGACGUCGCUCAGCGACGGCUCUUACUUCGGAGAAAUCUGUCUGCUGACCAACGCUCGACGCGUGGCCAGCGUGAGAGCUGAAACGUACUGCAAUCUCUUUUCUUUGUCGGUGGAGCACUUCAACGCGGUGCUGGAUCAGUACCCGCUCAUGCGACGCACCAUGGAAAGCGUCGCGGCUGAAAGACUGAACAAGAUCGGAAAGAAUCCCGCAAUGGUUGCACAACACGCUGACGAAGAUUCACAAACCGCCGAGAGCACUACAAUAAGCGCCGUGGUGAACGCGCUGGCCGAGCAGGCUGACCACGUGUCCAGCUCGGAGGAGUCGAUGCACCCUGGGCCGCUACUGGGCCAAGCGCUGCACCGGCUCAACCUGCCGCGGCCAAAGUCAGAGAGCAACUUCUCGUCGCAGGAGCUGCAUGUGGGCAGCAGAGGCGGGCCCCCCGCGUUCCACAAGUCAGACACCUUCCACAGGGAGUCAUCGUUCCAUUGACAAAGGAGAAACAUGGCUCCCCUACCCGCCUCCGGGGGCCAUUCGCCGCACCACAGACAGCAGCCUUGCGCUUCUUCAUCUUUUUAGUUCUCUCAGCCCCACUCAACCACCGAGACACUCACUCACCGGAUUUAAGGAAGAGAGUUGAACAUACACACUUGUACACUCACACACAUAUACAUACACGAGUCUUGAAACACACACACUCUCUCUCACACACACCAAAGAAUAAAAAUGCUGAAAACCCGCCCUUUUUGGAACAUAAAAUGAUGUGCUAUCUAGUCAAUGUCGUUCAACAUUAUUAGGGAAUCCUCCUCAGCGCGUGCGCUUUUUACCACCACAAGUAGGUCAAACACCUUGUCUUCUAUAGAAGCUCAAAACAUUUUAAACUCUUUUCAAAAUUUAGACACAUUGUUUAAAUAGCAAAGUCAAUUUGAUGAUGUUUAAUUUAUAGAAUAAUUAAUUUUAUUUAUGGAAACCCUAGCGUGGAGAACAGUAAUAAAAUCCCCCGCUAGUUCCCUCCAAUUUAUAUGAUGUUUGUACAUUAAUUGAUUUUCAAAACACAAUUCUCAUUAUUAUGGUAUCAUUUUUUUAACACUGUUAUUUUUUGAUUUUAUCAAGAAAAUACUUGCAAGUGACAGUUUUUGAUACUUUUAAAAUAAGGCAUUUGGUUUCUACUUGACUAAUUUUUUUUCAAUUUUUUACUUCAAUUGUUGCCCCGUAGCACUAGAUAUAAAUAGAGCAAAUGUUGCAGUGAGCCGAGCUGAGGAGAAAAAUUCUUAGUGAUAUGAAACGUAGACACAAGAAAGAGUAGAUUUUUCUUUGCGUGUCAGUUUUUCCACUUGUAUUGGAGGCCCAUUUUUAGAAUGACUUGAUUGUUAUAAGAGAACUGUUUGUUUUUUCAAAUAACCUCUGCAACACACAAUGAAAAGGUGAAGAGGUGGCUGUGUUUCUAUGUUCUUCCGCUGAAUUAGUGGCGCAUCGCUUGAAUUACACAAAAUAAAAUUAAAAGCAGAGAGAAAACGCAAGAAGAUGAAAAGUUUAAAAACAGAUUACAAUUGUAAGUGCUAUCUCUGUGAGAAAAAGGGAAACUUUGUAGCGAAAAACGGAAUCCUAACUCUGUAAGGCAUUAGUGUGCGUUCAUUGAAAUAAAUAUUAUGAUUUUACCUAAGAAACGCGCGUGUUCAAUUGUUACUUGUUGAUGAGUAACACGGCGUGCAUGGACUAAUAAAGGAGGAGAGAAAGAAAGCUAGGACGUUUGUACACACACAAAACACAAACAAUUCACCCACACAAAACACACUCGCAAAAAUAAAACAGAAGGUUCAGUUCUAGGCGCGAGUUCUGCAAGUGGAAGCAGUGAAUCGUCGGUUUGAUUGUGCUCAAUUUGGGGAAAGAUGAUGAUGAUUCUAUUUAGAAAACACUCAAGUCGUCAAUUUGCUUUUCAUUUGUGAUCUUGGAGUGAUAUCGUUUUUCAAAUUUGUACUGCUCCGCGUAUGAAUUUCCCACUCUUUUUCCGCUCUUGGGAAUCACUCCAGGAAAAAAUCAAAACGGUCACAGCUUCACUGACUUUCAAGCUGACAGAGAAUAACUGAAAUGAAUGCGUGUUGAUUUUUAUUACAUAAAUGUAGGGUUGAAAAGUUAUAUAUAUUUAUUAGAAAUGUGCAAUAUUUAGAUACAUACAAAGAGAUAAUUAGCUUUAAAAGAGAAAAAUAAACGAAAAAGCGUUUCCUUAAGGGAGAAGUUGCGAGAUCAGAAAAAAGUUAUUACGAAUUAGCGUGCUCAAUAAAAUGAUGAAAAACGUGAAAAAAUAAAACUAUUACCAAUUACACUAGAGAGCUGUGUUUACACCCCAUCACACACACAUACACAUACAAACAAGGCAACAAACUGGAAAACACGAGUCGGCGACGGUGAUGAAAAGAAUGUGGUAUUAACAGUAAAAACAAGCCUGUCAGUAUUUUACUAAACGCAUCAAUGUUGAAACUGGUCUUCAUUGCAAAUUCUAUUUGUUCUUGAUGGUUUGUUUCCUCUAUACUUAAAGAACAAAAACGCACUCUUUGUGAAACCAACACACACACACACACAUACACUCCUGCGCUUGAAUAUGAGUGUGUUCCCUAGUCUUGCCGCACUUCACAUGGCUGGUCCAUCUGAGGUUUUCGUUUCGAUUUCUUCUAUAACACUGUUUAACAUGCUUAUGGUUGUUGGAACACCGGAAAAAUCUCACUUGCUCUAUGUCUUCAAGCACUGAAUUUUGCACCCUUCAAUUUUUGUUAAUCCACGUUUAGUGAAUUUUAUUUGAAUUUAGCGCGGCAGCUGAGGCCAAAACAGAGAAAGUUUCUAUCUCUCUGCUUGCAGUAAGAAUAAUUUUGUUCCGCACUGAUAUUUUAAUUUGUAUUGUAAAUUCAUUUUCAAAUAGUAGUUAUUUUUAAUAAAUUUAAUUUUACUCUUGAUUUUAUUAAAACGCAAUUUUAACAGCAAAGUGCACAAAAUGAAUGUCCAUUUAUUUGUUUCUUGCAAUUAUCUCGAAUUAUAGUGUAAAAAAUACUGGCUUGUGUCGAGUCAGUAUUUGAUUUUGCGUCAUGAGAGAAAGACAAACCAAAGUGAGAGUCAAGAAUCGAUUAGCCUUUUGAGCCUGCAAUAAUUGAUUGUUGAUAACGAUUUGUUAUUCAAACGCAGACACACGUUUCUGAGCGUAUCUCUGUACAUACAUUUGCAAAAUGUAUAUAUUAUAUUAAUUAAAUUAUAAUUAAACUUCUAUUUGAUUAUGAUCGCAACAAUUUAUUACUGUUGUAACACUUUUCAAACUCACAAGAAAGUGAAUCACUCACACAAAACACACCACUCUUCUGCGAUUCGAUUGUGUCCCCAAAAAAACUUACUGUUUUCCACUCUUGCGCGGAAUCAUUAUCCUCAUCUAAAGGAUCGCUCAUCGACUCAUGGUUCAUUUCCAUUAUGUCUUUUACGGGAUAUAUCAGGAUGUAUGUUUGAUAUUUCAUGAAGUAUAAGAAGUGGAAAAUAUGUUUGGAUGCUGACAAAACUUUUCUGAGCUGCUAAUUAAACGGAACUUUAGUAAUUUCUAUGAAACAUAUAUAACAUGUAUCUAUGACGAUUUUUUCAACUUGUAUAUUAAUUACUAAUGUAUGAAAUCUUGAUAUUUUAAAAAAGAGGAAUGCGAUUAUCAAGGCAAGAACGAUUUCUUGUGUAAUAUCAAACAAUUAGUUGAGUCAGAUGAACAGUUAUAAAUCUCACAAAUCAAUUUUCACACUCCUGCUGUUGCUGCUGAUACAAUAUAGAUGAUUAUUAGUCUCGAGAGUUUGUAUUAGUUGAAGCAAACGAGCCAGCCAAGAUAAACUUGAGGGGCUUAGUUCAGUUUUAAAAUAAGUCGCAGAGUUAAAACGCAAUUUCGCAUUCCCAAACAUGAAGCAAUCAGUUUCAAAUUCAGACAAAUUCGGUUGGAAAACGUGCAAAAUAAGAGCGGUGGUUAAAUGUGAGUGAAGAAGAGCAUUAUUAUACAUGAUAUUGCGUUUGUAAUUGCGGAAUUAUAUGUACGAUAAUUAAGAUAUUAGUUGGACUUGUGAAGAGGAAAUUUCCUUUCUAAUAGAUGACCAGAAAUAUCUGCUGCAAUAUUUUUACAGAAAAGACUUUUUUGCUGUUAGAGAGAGGAAGAAAAUUAUAUUUCCGAGUUGUAUAUAUUACUGAAACGAUCGAUUAAGGCGAGAGAUACACAAACACAUUAAAUGAAACAAAAAAUCAGACGAAAAGGAAUUCACAACAAGCAGAUACCCACACUACACACAAGCGCAUAAGGAAAAUUAGACGAGAGGUAUUGUUACAAGAUAAGCUGUUUAUUUAUCACACACAAACACACAACACAAUCAACUAAUAGCGAAGAAGCGAGAUGAAUGAUUCAUUAAUUCUUGUAAAAAUAAAAAUUAAUAUGGUUUAAUUUUAAUUAUGUGUUAUAAUGACUUAUUGUUAGCGAGAGAAGAAGAAAAGUAACUCAACUUUAAAAACAAGCUCUAGUUUAGCUUCUUUUUGUAUGAAGAAAAAUCUACGACAAGACACAAACAAACAUACACUCACGACACUGUUUUUUGAAAACGCGUUUUGCUUCUCAUAAACAAACAAGGAAAGGAAAUAACUGAAACACGACGGGAGCGAAUCAUGAAAAUUCAAAAUCACAUUUAUUGUUGACACUUUAGGUGAUGAUGAAAAUAAUAAAUUUUGAUGGUACUGUC